GUGCAGAAGACUCUCAUCUCGUUAAUCAUGCACAACUUGCGGAUGGGUACCCAGAAACUGCACACUCUUUUUACACAACUCUAUAUCUGUGCUUCUGCACCUGCACGUUCCAUUCGUAGUUUUUCCUUCUCUGUCUCGUGAUGGCAUUUUUAUCACCGCUCAGGCGAUUCUAUCUUGCUGCCUACAACUGGGUUCUCUUCAUUGGAUGGUUUCAGGUGUUGUAUAUUUGUCUGAGGACAUUGAAGGACUUGGGCCACGAACAAGUAUACCAUGCAGUUGAGACGUCUCUGCAGCUUGCUCAAACUGCUUCUGCUUUGGAGAUCAUCCAUAGUCUAGUAGGGUUGGUGAAAUCUCCGGUUACAAUAACAUUUCCCCAGAUAGGGUCGAGGCUGUACCUCACUUGGGAAAUUUUGUGGAACUUCACUGAGAUUCAGAGUAAUGUCUUCGUUACCUUUUUGGUCCUCAGUUGGUCUCUUACCGAGAUUGUUAGACACUCUUUCUUUGCCAUGAAGGAGACAUUUGGUUCCACACCUUUCUGGCUCUUGUGGCUUAGGUAUAGCACUUUCCUCUUGCUUCAGCCAACAGGCAUCUUCAGUGAAAUUGUUAUAUUGUACUAUGCACUUCCACUAAUGAAGGAAACUUGUAAGCGGAUGUUGGAGAAGAUUCACCUGUAUGUGUUGAUUAUGAUUCUUGCAAUCUACAUCCCAGGUGGUUUGUUUGUACACUGGCACCUCCAUGGUCAGAGGAAGAAAGCUCUCUCAAAAUCCAAAGGAGAUUAAAAUGGCUAAGCAUUCAUAUUUACCAUCAACAACAACUGGUUUGUCAAUGCAUUAUUAACAUUGGCAUGGAAUCAGAAUUGUAAUGUGAUUCUAUUUAAUUACAGUGUUUGGUUAAAUUCUAAAAGGAAAUUAAUCUAAUCAAGAUUCCA